GAGGGGCGCUCCUCCACGAGUUCCAAGGCAGAAGCUCUCAAGGAGGGUUUCAUGCAGAGCUUGCAGCUCUGUGCAGCAACGGCAUCGCACCUGGAGGAAAAAGUGAUCAGGGAAAUCCCCGAAGCAGCAAAGCAGAUGUGGCAACGCGCACGCGGAGAGGCGGAGGAGAAGCUCAGGAACACACCCAAAAAAGCAGGAGACUUUGACAGCUUGGUGCGCUCUUUGACGAAGACCGUGGGGCAUCUGGUGUGGCUCUUCCGCCACUAUGUCUGGGAAGAGGGAGAUCGAUCGAAAGUGAAAGUGGACAAGAUCGCAGCGGACAAGGUGACAGACUUGAUUCUCGAUGGGCUGGACUACCUGAUGCCAAUCUGUCCACAUCAUGUUUUCUCAGGGAGCUGUGAAGGCAAACGCGCUGGGACAUGCAAUUUGGAUCACCCGGUUAUCGAGAAGACAGGGAGCCCAGAUAUGCUGUUGGCCCGUUCGGAGAAACGCAAGCUUUGCCCCCUCCAGGGCAUCGGAGUCUCUUGCUGGCUCGAUAUUGUGAAUGUGUGCUCAGCCAGUAUCAAGACGGUGUGCAAGAGAAAAGAAUGCAAAUGGUUACAUCCCAACACCGAGCAGAUCGAAGCCAUACGCACGAAGUUCAGGUAUCUCGGCAGCUUCUACUACAAAGACCUCGAUUGGAGAAGUGAAAAUCAUUUGGCCAAGGCUGUGCAAGGACUUCUGGAGAUGAUUUCAGAUCGAGGAGAGCACCGGAAGCUGCCCAAAGGCUUCGGCUGCUGUUUUUUCGAGGAUGGCAACCGGAUGCUGAAUGUUCGGCUGGUUACCAUCGUUGCUCGGGCCUUUCUCAGCAAGGGCUGCUGCGAUCUCGGUCUUGAGGCUUCCACUGACGUACUGAAGCGCAUGUGCCGAGCGCUCUAUCGCUACCCAGAUCCAGAGGCUUGUAAAAUCCGAAGCAUCUCCAACGACAUCACCUGGGAAGUUGAAGGGUGCCUGAGCAAAGAGAACAGCCGCUGCCUUCUUUCUGCAAUGCUUGGCCGCGAGAAGGCGACCCAACAUCAGCAAGAGUCGAAGACGAGGAAGCAUCCCGCUGGCUCCACAUUGAACCCGCACGCCAAAGAGUUCGUGCCUGGGUUCGUGCCCGGGCAUGCGAAAUUUCUGAAGCGCGACGCCCCCCCUGCCAAUAUCUGGGUGGGCAACGCAGCGAGAGAGCUCUUCGGCAGUCAGACAAGUGUGGGCGGGGCACACGAGCAGCUGGCGACCGAAGCUGCGCGCGUUGCCUCUCGACCAACGCCAGGAGGACCCAUCGGAAGUGGUGGAGCUCCAGGUUGGGCGCCAACGGUUCGAACAGCCGGAUCUGGAACCAGCUGA